AUGUUCGCCCUCGUGCUGGUCAACCAAGCGAAUGGGGUUUCGACGGGCUGCGCAUGCCAAACCAUCAUGUACCAAGGCCACUGGGCAGACGACAGCAGCUAUUUGCACACUUGCGUCGAUCGUUCCAUCACGGUUGAUGAUGAAGAGUUUACCGUCAAGACGAGUGCCCUAAUCUCGUGGGAUACCUGGCGACAGCCGAUCAGUCAGACCUGGGCUUGCGACGCGCAAUAG